AAAGCGAAAACAAAAAACCCAAAAGCAAACGUAAAUAUUUUUCUUAUUUUUUUUUAAAUAUUAAUUUACAUUAAUGUACGGUUACGGGUACGGUUAUAAUAUAAAAGGUGGUGCUUAUGCACCCUAUGGCUAUAAUGGUUAUAAACCAAGCGGUGAACGUAUGUGGCGUAUGUCUCAUUCACUGCCUUCAGGAAUGUCACGUUAUGCGUUUUCACCACAGGACACAGAUUUCACCUCAUCGUAUCCUGGACCCUCAGCCAUGAAUCCACGCGGCAGUGGUCGUGGUGGUUAUAAUGAUUUUUCAGGUGGUGGCAGUGCUAUGGGCUCCAUGUGCAAUAUAGCACCCGCUGCUAGCACAAACUCUCUUAAUUGUGGUACGGGUACUGGCGGUGGCGGUGGUGGCGGCGACGUCGGCGAUAGCGGUGGCGUAAACGGCACCAAUUUGAUUGUGAAUUAUCUGCCUCAAGAUAUGACAGAUCGUGAACUGUACGCAUUAUUUAGAACGUGCGGCCCCAUUAACACUUGCAGAAUCAUGAGAGACUAUAAGACUGGCUACAGUUUUGGUUAUGCUUUUGUUGAUUUUGCUUCCGAAUUAGAUGCCCAAAAUGCGAUCAAGUCAUUAAAUGGUGUUACGGUGAGGAAUAAACGUUUAAAGGUUUCAUAUGCUCGCCCGGGUGGUGAAUCCAUAAAGGAUACUAAUUUAUAUGUAACCAAUUUGCCGCGUACAAUCACAGAUGAUCAAUUGGACACCAUCUUCGGCAAAUAUGGCUCCAUUGUACAAAAGAAUAUACUUAGAGACAAACUGACUGGAAAACCGCGUGGCGUGGCAUUUGUAAGAUUCAAUAAACGCGAAGAAGCUCAGGAGGCCAUUUCAGCUUUAAAUAAUGUAAUACCUGAAGGUGCCUCACAACCGUUGACCGUACGCUUAGCCGAGGAGCAUGGCAAAAUGAAAGCCCAUCAAUAUGUAACACAGCUGGGCAUGGGAACAACAGCCGGUACUAUACCGACAGCAACCACCGCCGGCUACAAUAAUAUGGUGCAUAGAGCCUAUCAUUAUUCUGGUCUGCUGGAUGGUUUUUAUCGUAAUAAAUCGUAUCAUUAUCCUUAUUUAUAAUUUAUCCAUAAUUUAGUGUAAAUAAUUAUGUAACAUUAUGUAUUAAAUUAAUAACAAAUUCUUAGAGCGAGUGUUUAGCUUUAGUAUUAAAUAAUAUUAAAAAUUAAUUUAAGUUAAAGAUUAAUAAAAAAAAAUAAAAAAAUAAAAAAAAUAAAAAU